AUGGCAAAUACUGUAACACAUUAUUCAUUUUUCAUCAUCUCUGCUAUUCUAGCUUCAAUAUUUGCCUUCACCAAAGCCACGAACAAUGGUUUUAGCCUUGAUCUCGUUCAUAGAGAUUCACCAAAUUCCCCCUUUUAUGAUCCUUCCUUAAGUUACACAAAGCGAAUGAGCAAUUCAUUUCAUCGCUCUUUCAAUCGUUCUAAAGAUUUUGGUUCAAGAUCCUCGAUCAUUGUUGCUUCUAACAAUGGAGAGUAUCUAAUGAAAUUCUCCUUAGGUACACCCCCUGUACAUACCUUAGGAGUUGCUGAUACUGGUAGUGAUCUUACUUGGACACAGUGUUUGCCUUGUAAAAAUUGUUUCAAGCAACAACCUCGUCUCUUCAACCCGAAAAAAUCCUCUACGUACAAAUCCUUACCUUGUAAUUCUAAAAAGUGUCAUGCCCCAUUUUCAACUUCUUGCAACAGAACAAAAAGGACUUGUGAAUAUCAAGUCAUGUAUGGAGAUCAAUCAUACAGUGUUGGUGAUUUAGCGACAGAGACGAUACGAUUUGGUUCGUCGAAAAAUACACAAGUCUCCUUAAAAAACACCAUUAUUGGGUGUGGACACAAUAAUGCAGGUACAUUCAGUGGUGACAAAGAGUCAGGCAUUGUAGGAUUAGGAGGUGGAAAAUUUUCACUAAUUUCCCAAAUGGGAUCCUCUGGAUGUAAAUUCUCUUAUUGUUUAGCUCCGUUAUCUCAACACAAUCAUGUUCACAAAAGCAAAAUACAUUUUGGUACUAAUGCUAUUGUUUUGGGUAAUAAAGUUGUGACAACACCUUUAGCUAAAAAAUCUCCAGCAACCUUUUAUUUUCUCACACUAAAAGGUGUAAGUGUGGGUAAAAAAAGAUUGGAUUUUCGAAAGGUAUCUUUUUCUUUCGGAGAGGGAAAUAUUGUUUUGGACUCAGGGACUGUGUUAACGCUGUUUUCGCCCGAAAUAUACGUUAAAUUAGAAGCAAUGGUGAAGGAGGAAAUUAAAUUACCAACAGUAACAGAUCCAACAGGUGCACUGAGUUUGUGCUAUAAAUCUUUGUCAAUUGAGGAAAUUCCAAUCAUAACUAUGCAUUUUAAAGGUGCAGAUUUGAAGUUGGGUCCAUUAAAUACAUUUAUUGAGACAAGUGAAAGCUCCAUGUGUUUUGCUUUUGCUGCAUCAUAUGGUGUUUCAAUUUAUGGGAAUAUUGCACAGAUGAAUUUCUUGGUUGGUUAUGACUUAAAGAGGAGAAGUAUAUCUUUCAAAGCUGCUGAUUGCUCUAAACAGUAG